AUGUAUCUACUCUCACUUUUCCUUGCGUUGGCCCUGAGGCCACUGCUCGUGUUUGCUACUUGGGGAUAUACAGAUGACGGGUCAAAUUAUGUGAUUGAUGUCGGGUCGAAGCUUGUCUUCAAGGUUUCCAAAACUAAUGGGGAUAUCAACUCGAUCGUAUACAGAGGGACAGAGUACCAAGGUUACUCCGGCAAGAACUCCCACAUCCAGUCAGGCCUUGGGAGAAGUACUGUUACCAUAGCAUCUCAUACAAGCCCGGCGAACCUUCUCAUGGUCACUAUCACAUAUGGCACCCUGGUUCACUACAUAGUAGCAAGAUCUGGCCAGAACGAUAUCUACCUUCUCACCAACAAAGGUGAUGCGUCAGUAGCAGCCUUAAGAUUCAUUCUUCGUCUGAAGCCAAAUAUCUUCCCCCACGAUCUUUCCACACCGGACUUUUACGAUAACGUCGGCGCUACCGUUGAAGCCUCAGAUGUCGUUCGGAAUUCAAAUGGGUAUACCAAGAGCAAACACUACCAAGGCAGCAACUAUGGAAGAGUAAUGGACUUUGACUACGUCGGAAAAACCACUGGCAAAGUCGGCGUCUGGCUCAUCCGCUCCAACCACGAGAAAGCCUCUGGCGGACCCAACGUCGCCGAAGACCUCUACGAGAUUCUCUUCUACAGCAUGUGCCACACCGAUCCCGAGAGAUGGGGCUUGCACGGCCCCUAUGUUCUCUCUUUCACCGAUGGCGACACACCAAAAAAGGAGCUAUUUGCCCGGAAUCCGAACUGGUCCUGGUUCGACACACUCGGAAUUAAGGGAUGGGUCGCGGACUCCGCACGCGGUUAUGUUGCCGGCAUUGGCAUCGCGAAUAUGAAGAGUGGGCACACGUAUACUGUUGCGCUGUCCAACGCGGAUUAUCAGUACUGGGGGGUCGCAGCAAGUGGCCGUGGUGCCUACACUAUUAAGAGGGUCGUUCCGGGGACCUAUAAGCUCACGGUGUACAAGGGGGAAUAUGGUGUUUAUACUACCAGCGUUUCGGUUAAUGCCGGGUCUGCUACUGCAUUGCACACAAUUACGCCAGAUUCUGAUCCUUCUGACGUUGCGGCGAUUUGGAGAAUCGUACAUUCAAUUAACAAUCCACAGCCUACAUACAUGCACCCCAGUGAUCCUCGGCUCUCCUCCUGGGGCCCUGAAGAUUUCACUGUCGGCAAAACUGCAAUCAGCAGCUUCCCAGGUUACAUGUGGAAAGACGUGAAUAACGACCACCUUGUCUACUUCAAGCUCACAGCAGGACAAAUAGCCUCCGCAAAGACUAUACGUAUCGGAAUCACAGAAGCGUACGCCAACGGCCGACCUACCAUCGCUGUUAACGGUUGGACCUCUCCACUCCCGUCUGCAUCUACACAGGGCAGUACCAGGAGUUUGACUGUGGGGACGUAUAGGGGAAAUAAUCAUAUUUAUAGCUUUACCGUCCCAGCAUCCGCAUUCCUGACGGAUGUUACUCAGUGGAACAUCCUAAAGAUUACAAUUAUAAGUGGGAGUGGAAAUACCGGAUACCUGAGCGCUGGGAUUUCGAUUGAUUGUGUGGAUCUUUAUUAG